UGUGCGUCCUGCGUCCUCUGGCCGUAAGCGUGAUCGCUGGCACCUCGGGUCGUGUGACAUUGGGGCAGUGCAGGACACCUCGGCACCGGAGUGUGAAGGCGGGGACGGAGACGACCGGUGAGAGGUGAGGGGUGAGGGGGUCGCUGCUGUCCGACGAGCUUCUGGUCUUUUACGCGGAGCGGAGCGGAGCGCGGCACGUGGCUGUUUCCUCGGGGCUCUGGAGCUCAGCCCGACCAGAAGAGCAGGGGGUGGGCACACUUCUCACACCGGGACAGUUUGUUUGACACCUGCUCCACUUGUGUCCGGGACUGUGCUUGUUGUCACGUCACGGUGCCAAACUGAAAAGUUCGCAGGGGACUACUCCGUGCGCACGAUGUACACAAUCACAAGAGGUCCCAGCAAACUGGUCACGCAGCGACGCACAGGGCCGACGCAGCAACUGGACAACAAGAUAAACGACUUCAAGCACAAGCAGACGUCCUGGAAUCUGCCCGACCUCCCUGCACCCAAGAUAGUUUUCAACCGCCCGAAUGGUAAGAAGUACCAUCAGCCUACUCCGGCUCUGCCCGCAGACGACCGCCAGGAAGAGACUUUCACCGCCGCACACGAGGAAAACGUGAAGUUCGUCUACGACGCCUGGCAGGAGGUGGUGCAGCAAGAGCAGAGGCCCGAGGAGAACCAGGGCGCAGUCCACUUUGUAGAAACCACUCCCACCCUCAUGGACAACUUUGUGCCCAUCGACCUGGACGAGUGGUGGGCCCAGCGCUUCCUAGCCAACAUAGACAAGCUGUCCUGACACCGGGCUCUGUGGGUCUUGACAGGCGGUCAGGAAGCGAGACCUGGAGCAGAAUAGCUCACAGAGAGGAAACGUGGGAGCAGCAGCAGCAGGUGUGAACGGGUCAGUGUCCUGACGUGAUUCAAAUGAUUGGACGGUGCUGGGACGCCGACGCAGAAACCACAGAGAAUCACCUCACUGGAACUCUUGCCUUCAUACUCCCAACACUGAGUCGGUCUCAGACGGCACGUUGACAGACAAUGUCUGGACGUUGAGGCUCUUCCUCAUCUCACCGUCCUCAAAACAAAGUAAAGUUGUUUUUUUUUUUCCAAGA